AUGGCAGAAAGUACCGACCAACCAAAAGAUCCAAAGGUCAAAGAGGAGAAGGACAAGGACGAUGCGGGAUCACCAGAGAAGCGCAUUGCACGCUAUGAUGAAUACCGCACUUACAACUGGAGGCUAAAGAAAACAGCAAAGAAAGAGAAGCAGAAGAACAUCAAAGGCUCAGUACUCGUUGUGCGGCGCAUCAUCACAACCAAAGGCCAAUAUCAUUCUACAGAUAUUGAUAUCAGAAGCCCCAUACUGGCGGAGACACUACGGGAACUAAAUCCAGGAACCGAAAGCUUAGUACAGGAAAACCCCCCAACGGCUGAUCCGGUUUUGUUUUAUCAUUCUCGGUUUGGGCUGAAAUCCGCUCUUGAAGCUGAGAAAGCCAAGGACCAUCCGAACGAAAUUCUGGUCAAUGAUUUGACGGUUGCACUCACUUACAUCGAGGAGGACCAUGGCAAGAACAUCGCUAGCAUGGAUUCCUUACUUAGUAGAGGAGAAAUCACAUGGGGGCUUCUCUGGGCUCUGUUCACCCCCGGUUGCCUUGUCUACCACUACCACCAACUGACACAACAGAAUCAGGUCCUUCGCUUCCGUCAGGCUAGAAAGACGAGAAGACCCAAAGAUUUCGUCUUUUACUGGAACAUCAUGUGCGAUAUCAUUAUGUUCGACGGCAUAAAGUUGGGGUAUGCCAAGGUUGAACAUUUCGAUAUUGACGAGUAUCCAGGAGCCCGUAAGAUUAAUGAUCUUAACAUAUUUCCGUUGGACUUUGCCAAAAACAAAGACGCUAUUUACACGCAUGCUGUCGAAAGAGGGAAACGGUAUUGCGGGAUCAGAGACAAGUCAUACUUAGAGUGCGAUGGGCCGGCAAUGCGAGAGAUACUCAAUAAGGACCUCGCUCCCAAACAGUUUACAUUUUCGUCUUUUGGAAGAGCCAUGGUGGAUGCAAAGUCGUUCAAAACCUUCGAACCAAAUGCCACAUAUAACUACCAAGUAUACAGACAGAUCGAGUGUGAAAUUCCGGAGAAAGACGACGAAUUUGCAAUAUGCAGCCCCAUCGUCGUUGGAUUCAGCUUUGGUGCUAAACUCUGGGGCGGACUCGGGAUGGACUAUUGCCGUGUCAUCCAAUGGGGAUACGACGCCUUCAACUCGUUGGUUCUCGACCCGAACAAAAAGAAGCUUGUUCGUGCCCUAGUCACCCAGCACACAUAUAAAGGCGAACACUUCGAUGACAUCGUCGCCGGCAAGGGAAAGGGACUUAUUGGUCUCCUCAGCGGCCGGCCAGGGUGCGGUAAGACACUAACCGCUGAAGCAGUGUCCGAAGAAACCCGCCGCCCACUCUAUUCCGUCAGUGCAGGAGAGCUGGGAACAGAUCCCGCCGAGGUAGACAAGCGCUUAACGCUCAUCCUGGAACUUUCCCAACGAUGGAAUGCUAUUCUUCUACUUGACGAAGCAGACGUCUUUCUGCAAACAAGAAACGACACCGAUGUAGUUCGCAACGCGCUCGUCUCUAUCUUCUUACGACAGCUAGAAUACUACAAAGGCAUUAUGAUUCUCACCACAAACAGGAUUGAUAUUUUCGACCCUGCCUUUGAAAGCCGAAUCCACUUUAGUUUCUUCUAUCCCGACCUGGAUUUCGCCUCCCGGAGAAACAUAUGGCAGAUGUUCCUGACCCGGCAUACCAAGGAAAGCGACGAGCAAGCCCGCCCCGGUAUCCAGUUUAGUGAGAGUCAGUUGGACGAAUUAGCACAGCCACAAUUGAAUGGUCGUCAGAUCAAGAACCUAGUUAGCUGUGCGCGGUCGCUUGCGUUUGAUGCGAAUGAGUCCCUGGAUAUGGAGCACUUGCGUUCCGCGCUUUGCGUUGUGUCGGACUGGUCCAAGGCCGUUCAGAAAGAGGCACCGGCGCCGGGAAAUGGGACAUAUUGA